AAUUAAUGGAGCCCUUACCUAUAUCUAUUUUAUCUAAAUCGGAGAGAUAUAAAAAGAGAGAAAGACAAUUACUUGAAGAAAUCCAAAAAUAUGAUUUUAAGAUAAUAAAUGCUCAUUCCUUCAAUGCUGAGAGAGGAAGUGUACAACCAGGCCAAGGUUAUAAUCUAGAAUAUUUAUACUUCUAUGCACACAAUGAAUGGAAAUUUAUUUUCACUAAAAGAAUGCCUUCAUUGGGAUCUAUGUAUAUUGAAAAGUUUACUGGAGGGCUAAUGUCAAGAGAGAAUAAAUACCUUCAUGAUUUCUUCGAACUAAAGUUUCCUCAAAAAAUAAAUGAAUGAUUGAUUAGUGCUAGUGCAAAUCCCACAUUUUCUAUUACUCCUUAUUUGAAUAAAUUUAUCAGACUAGCACCGAGAGUCUUCAAAAGAAUAAAUGUAUGUGCAUUCCUAUUUAAAGGCAAGCAAUUUAUGAAAUUUAUUGUUGCCUACAAGCAUGUGGAAUUCUUUCAAAUAGGUCUUUGCAUGAUUCUCACUCCUAAGGUUCUUAAUUAUUCGACAUUUUUGAAAAACACUCAAAUAAAAUAAUGUGAGUUUUUAUGGGGCUGGAUCUGAUACUAGAGGUGAUUGGGAAAAGAACCCCGAACAAUUUAGUAAUCUCAUCCAAAGCCUCGGCACUUCUUCAGAUCUCAAGCUCUCUAUUGAACAUAUCGAACUUUAUCAUUGCGGACUCACAAGCAAACAGGUAGAAAAUACUUUAAAAAACGCUGGUUUCACUGUAACUUUCUCAGUAUAA